AUGGAAGCAGUCGCCAUCGCGGGGCUGGCUGCGACAGCCCUGGAGAUUGCGGGGCUCAUAGGGUCAACGAUACAAGGCCUGCACUCGCUGAAGGGCAAUUUUCAAAAUGCCGACAGUACGAUUCGGCAGCUCAUCAGUCAGCUUUCAACCAUCAAAGCUGCUGUCUCUCAGAUUUGUGACUGGGCAGAGUUCAAUUCAGAUGGCUCUCCCAAGGGGACGGAAUUCAUGAAUGGACUCAAAGUUACGCUUGAUGGAUGUCAAGCUCUGAUGCAGGUUCUCUCGGCGGAAGUGAAAGAUCUGGAUGUGCUGCAAAGGCCACUCGAUUUGAAAGAUGAUAGAGAGAUUUCUUGGAAUGUUGCCACGAUGAAACAUCGGAGCAUGCUAUUUGGACAAGUACAGGCAUUAUUGCAGCUCUUUCUGACCGCAGGUCAAUGUUCAGAUGCAGCUUCACAGUCACAUCUCCUUGGGUUGAGGGAAAAUAAGAAGCUGCUUCAAACAGUUGAAGAAGACACAAGAUCACUUCGCAAACCUCAAAGUCCCAACCGCUCGCCUGCGACUCUAACUGUCCGGUUCGCAGCUGACACAGCUCAUGCCACUGGGACCCGGAGGAGGUGGACGCGUUUUGAGAAAUCCAAUCCCACGAAAACAAGGCCGCAACGGCAGGACCCCGCAUCAACUGAUGAAGGAUAUGAGACCGAUUCACCUCGCGGUUCCCGCCGUUCUCGGACGUGGUCUUCGAUGUUGUCUCGCCAGGGGACGCCAGACUCAGAAGUCAAAGUUCGCCUAGGCGAGAGAAACUCGGAUCAGCAAUUAUUAACCGGGUAUAGUGUAAGUAUAUUUCACUCUCCCGGCGAUGGCUCCGAGUCCACCACGGAUUCUAAGCCAUUCGGGCGUCGCUGGUUAUCAGCAUCGAAAAUUCCAGAUUCGACGUCUUCAAUGGAGACAUUUUCUGGCUCGUCCAAGAAAUUCUGGUCCGUUCGGUUGUCGCGUUUAAAUACCAGGACUUCCACAUUGAAAGCGGAACCUGUCUCCGACGUCUCUCGAGUUGCCCCGUCUCAUGUACGCAAACGCAGCGAGCAGUUCAAAGCACGUCAACGUAUUGUUUUGGCUUCCGUGGAUAGUGGUGAAGCACCGCCAAUUAUCAAAGCCGCUCAAGCUGGGUCACGAUCCAAGGUAGAAGCUAUGUUGGACAAGGGCGAGAACAUUGAAACAUGUCACCUUCCCACGAAGCGCACAGCUCUUGCAGUUGCAUGUCAUUGUGGGAAUACCGGGAUGGUGGGACUUUUGAUCAACCGUGCAGCCAAACUGAACGCCCGGGACAUGGAUCUGUCCACUCCUCUACAUCUGGCAGCUUCCCGGGGUCAUCUCGGAGCCGCCGCGCUGCUUCUGGACGAGUUUGUUGGAAUCGAGUCGCGAGACAAUCGCAAACGAACACCAUUAUGGGUAGCGGCAGAAGGUGGGCACAUCAAAGUCGUCGAGUUGCUCUUAAACAAGGGAGCCAGGGUCAAGACUCGUGCCAAAGAUCAGUUGACCCCAUUACAUGCCGCAGCCAAAGGAGGCCACGUGGAGACUGUCGAGUUACUGCUUCGACACGAUUCACACAUCGAAUCGCGAGAUGUUCAUUUCAAUACCGCGCUUCAUUAUGCUUGUGAUUAUGGCCAUCUACCGGUUGUGGAUCUCCUCGUACGGAAGGGGGCCGACAUCGAGUCAAUUGGAAAAGAUUCAAGGCUUCCUCUCACGUUCGCUGCUGCGUCUGGGCAUCUAGAGAUUGUUGUCCUGCUUUCGAAGGAGGCAUCUCUCCAAGGCACCGAUGAUGAAGAAAGAAAUGCAUUGCAUUAUGCAGCGGCAAAUGGCCACGUCGAGGUCGCUGGAUUCCUCUUGGGAAGCAAAGUCUCCAUUCAUGCUGUCGAUGCAGGUGGCUUAACUCCAAUUCAUCAGGCCGUCAUUGCCUCUCACUUUAAUGCUGUUGAAUUUCUGCUCAAGAAGAACGCGACUUUGGAAGUCCGAUGCCGUGCUGGACGAACGCCGUUACAUUACGCUUGCGAUUCUGAUAAUGCAGACAUCGUGCGACUCCUUCUCGGCGCUGGCGCAAAAGCAGAAGCAGAAAUACGGGGAGACAGUCGGCGACCUAUCCAUGUUGCCGCUGCCCGGGGUUCCGUGGAGACAAUCGGUGUUCUUUACCAGCACGGCGUGGCGAUGGAUGCCCGAGACUCCGUGGGACAUCGACCCCUCUCCGUUGCAUGCCACCACGGCCAUGUUGAUGUCGUCAAGACGUUCUUGUCUCUCCGGCAACCUCUCACCAUGGCCUUCAAAGAUCGGCCUGAUCACGACUCUCCACUCUGUGUCGCUGCCAAAGCCGGACAUGUCAGUGUUGUUGGACUGUUGAUCCGGAGGGGAGCAACGUUAAAUCAAAGAGAUGAACAUGGAUUUACACCACUUUAUUACGCCGCACAUUACGGACGACCCCAGACUCUGAAUAUACUGAUCAAUGCUGGUGCUGAGUUUCUGGACGAUGAAGCGGAUGAAUCUUUGCCCAUGCGGGACAGGAUCGGUUUUGCCAAGGAUGUCUCAGAAGAUAGGAAGCACGGAGUCCGUGAACUGCUUCUGAUCGCUGAGAGCAAAAUGAGCUCAAGAAUAAGCUCAACAACCAACUCGCAGAUGAGCUUCAUCAGAGAGCAAAGCACAGAUUGCGGUCUCAUACAUGUACCGGAACUCUCCUCUCUACCAACUCAUCACCAACCAUCGACCUUAAACCUUCCCGAGUUUAGGCUCACGACACUCGAGAUCCCAGAAAAGGAAGACUCGUACACCGAAUCCCCCAAAUCACCAACCUCAAUCUUCUCAGCCCAAUCCCUACGCUCCAAAUCCUCCGUCGCCUCUCUCUUCUCCACCCGCUCCCCAUCCCCCGUAAGGUCCGCUACCUCCUCACCGCCCACCCAAAGCCUCCCAACCCCGGUACACAAACCUCCACCACUUCCUCUUCCACCUGCCUCCAAAUUCAAACCAAAAUCUAAAUCAAACCUCUCGCCCACAUCCACAAGCAAGAAUUCGCAUCUUUCUACCCUCCUUAGCGACGGGGCAGGAUUAAAGAUUUCGCAUAGGGACUCGAGUUUAAGGCCUGCGAGAUCGAUGCUCUUGCCUUGCGGUUUCACAAGGGAUAAUUCGCCGAACAGGAUGAGCCAUGUGGGGGACCUGAUGGCCGAGGAACAGAAGGUACAGGAACUUGGGGGUGGGGAGAUUUACGAGAUGGGGAAGGGGGAGGUUUAUGAGAUGGCUUAG